UCUUUUUCAGCACGCGUCCACGGAAGCGUCUUUACAGGCUGCAGAAAUGGUUUCCUUUUCCCUCUUCCAUCUCGCCUAUAAGAUCGGAGCUAGUUACCUUUUCGAAUCCAAUGUGUUCGAUCGGUUGCGUUGAGGCCUUCACUGUCACCAACUGAGACGGAAGUCUGCUCAUGUUUAUUUUGAUUCUUGAUUUUCUGAAGCAGGCAAGAUCCAGGAGUUCUUUUUCAAGAACCAGCUUACUCGUUUGCUUGCAUCAAUUGUGGAUCUCCCGAUAGCAAAUAAAUUAUUAGAGAGUUCAGACAAUUUUGUUUUUGCUUUGGACCUAUGGCCAUUAUGGUUGAUGCAAAACAUGAUGAGGUAUCUGCCAGAGCAGAACAUGCUGAGCCUCUUGGACGACUAGCGAUACUUGGAUAUGGUGCUGGCCAUAUGUUAAAUGACAUCACGUCGGCCUGUUGGUUUACAUAUCUUUUAUUGUUCUUGACUGACUUAGGACUAAGUCCAAGGGAUGCAGCCAUUGUAAUGCUUUCAGGUCAGGUGGCUGAUGCAUUCACAACUAUAUUUGCUGGAGUGUUGAUUGACCGAUUUGGACAUUUCAAGCUAUGGCAUGGCGGGGGAUCAAUUCUGGUUGCAAUUUCAUUCUCUUCUGUUUUUGGUGGCUGUCUUCCUUGCAAAAUUAUUGGGAAUAAUUCGUUCACAUUACAAACUAUUGGUUAUAGCUUAUUUGCUUCAAUUUUUAAUGUGGGCUGGGCGGUUACCCAAGUUUCACACAUGUCAAUGGUGAAUUGCAUUACAUUGAAUCAAACAACUAGAGUUUCCCUCACUAGCUGUCGUAAUGCUUUCACCAUGGUUGCCAAUCUCAGCUUAUAUGCUGUUGCUUUAGCAGUUUUUAAUAUGUAUGAUGCUAAAGCAUAUGCCGACAUCAAAUCUGAGUAUCGCUGGAUAGCCUACUUGUCAAUUUUCAUGGGUUGCUGUUUUGUCGUUGUUUUUCUCGUUGCAACCAAAGAGCCAACGCUGAAGCAGCGAAGAGAAUGUGAAAGUUUUUCUAAAAUAUCCUGGAAUUUCUGGUUCAAGAAGGCUCUUUACUAUCAAGUUGCUAUCGUAUAUGUUCUUAUAAGAUUAGUAACUAAUGUCUCACAGGCACUACUUGCAUUCUUUGUUAUCAACGAUUUGGGAAUGCCUCAAUCCGCAAAAGCUUUGGUACCUGCCAUUAUCUACAUUAGCAGCUUUAUUGUAUCAGUGAUUCUCCAGGAGAUCAGCUGGAACAGUUCACGACUUAAGGCCACCUUUACAAGUGGAGCCGUUCUUUGGAUAUUGUCUGGCUCUGCAAUUUUUGUUCUUCCAAGCAGUCUUCAUAGCACCAUGUAUAUUUUAUCGAUUAUUAUUGGCGUUGCUAAUGCUUUAAUGAUGGUUACAGGCAUCAGCAUGCAAAGCAUGCUUGUUGGGAAAGAUGUCAAUGGCUGUGGAUUUGUUUAUGGUUCAUUGAGUUUCCUGGACAAAUUGUCAUGCGGGCUUGCUUUGUAUGUCCUUGAAUCAUACCAAGAUUCGGAUCAUAUUAUGAGAUCCUCGGCGGAAAAUGGAGGCUUGUCAGUUACAAGGUAUGGGCUGGGGCUCAUUCCUUCAAUUUGUGCAUUAAUUUCAGCACUGGUUACUUGCACCAUGGAAUUGGAAGAAACUCAAUCGAAACGAUUGACCGAACCUCUCCUGGCAUAAAUUCUCAAUCUUGAUGUGUACGUAUUAGUCAUCAUUCGAUCGGCUAACUCUUAUCAGUUUAAUACAGCAAUCUAAUUAGAAUGACAUUAACACAGCAGUCUAAUCGAUUUAGUUUAGUACUGUCCCUAUUGCACUUCAUUUAAUUGCUUCAUGUAUGAAAAUGUAAUUUACGAGUUAC